UUCAGAGGGAAAGUUCCUUCUGGAGUUGUCACAUCGCACGGACAUGGGUGCCUCAGCAGGAUGGGUGCCAGUGAAAAGCAAGACGUACUGGCCCCCUCCAUCGUCUACUACCACUACUACCACUCAGCUCCCUUUGCGACAUGACACACCUACUUCACAGUCAAUUUCAGAUGACUGUUCCUCACUGAACUCUUCCCCUUGGACUGGAGAGCAUGUGAGAAAACAGUCAAUGCCUCGGCGUGAUAAGUCUUCGGUGCGGCAGAGUUUCUUGUUCCAUUGGCACACAUUGCAUCUCACACGGGAUGUGAGAAAGAAAAUCAGACUGAGAAGAAAUCCCUUUGCCUGUAUUGUAGGUCCAGUGGGAUGUCGGGAUCCUUCAGAACCAAAAGAAAUUAUUCGAAAGAUUAUAAAAUCAGAAAGUGGUGGAAAUGGUGCAUUACAAGAUAAAAAGAGUAGAUUAGAAAGUAGGGUUCGUGCAUUAGGUGAAAAGCUUGGCUGGGUAUUGGACAGUAAGAUUUCUCUUCAGUCAUUAUUUGAGAAACGGACAGUCAUUGCUGAAACAGUUGAUCCUACCUUUGUAUCGCCAAGAAAAAGAUAUUUGCGUCAGAUGGAGUCAGAUCAAGAAUCUUUACAUCGGAAAAAGCUUCACUCUGGAUCUAACAGUGUGUCUCAUAUAUCUGGAGAUAGACCAUCUUCAUCCUCUUCCCCUUCUCAUCACCAUACCAACAGAAGUGCCAUUAAUUCACAAACUUCAUCAGUGUACAGUAUUGAUUCCAUACUGAACAAUGAAUCUGCCAAUAGAAAAAGUGAUUCCUUCCUUAGAACUUUAUUAAAACCAGAAACCAGUGUUCCCCAGUCUAAACCCAGUGUUAUAAAGGAGCAUUCUAAUGACAUGUUGGCAAACACAGUGAAAGUGGAAAGACAAGAGAGGACAGAUAGAGGAACUGCAGAGAGGUUGGACCUACUCACUUCUGGCUCAAGGGACCGAAAAGAUCCAGUGUCAGACCUCAGCAGAAUAUCGUCAGAUCGGUAUGAACUGGGAAGAUAUGGUUCAAUGGGUAGCCUGGCAAGUCUUUAUGGAUUUACUCCCUAUUUGGACCAUCGCUAUAUGAUGUUGCAAUCACUAGCACCAGGACUCCAGUCACUGGCACCAGGCCUAGUCCCAGCCAUGUCUUCCCAACAGCCUGAGAUGGCUCAGGCUGUUGCUGUUGCAGCAGCAGCAGCAGCAGCUGCUGCAGGAUUAAGUACAUACCCUCUGAGCCAUCUGCACCCAUCUUUGGCUGGGGCACAGUAUCAACCACUGCUUGCAGGAGGAUUGUCACCUGGGCACACUCCACCCACAUCAAUAUCCUCCCAAAUAUCACGGCACCAGGCUCAAACAUCACGAUCCUCUCCACAUCCUCUGACGCAUAGUCCAAGUCCAAAGCCUCCACAAGCUCCCAGCACGCCUGCUUCCCCACAUCUAAGCCGUGGGGCUAGUCCGCGUGGAGCUUCAUCACCAUGGCACCAACCACCACCUGCACAUCCUCAUUCUCCACAGAAGCCUAUACUAUCACCACAGCCAUCACCACCACCACAAGAUGCACCACUCAACCUCUCCAAACCAAGAAAUCACCUAGGGAAGUAGAAGAGAAGCACAGAAUACCUUAUAUUGACGAAAUAGCAGUGGAAGUUUGGCUAUAUUAUGGAAGUUUAGAAAAUGAAGUGUUUCAGACUUUACUAAAAUAGGGAAAGGAGCUAUUUUUUUCUAUAAAAGUACAUUUGAGUAGUCACACGCUGUGUUAGGUACAAACAGACUAAGUAUAUCUUGACGUAGCCUGAAUGUUUUUUAAUUUAAUUUUGUAUUGAUGGAUACUUAUACACAUUGCUAUGUGUAGAUGCAUUUAUUACACAGAGCAAAUUAUUACCAAGUUUAAAGCUUGCUUGGAAAAUGGAUUUCACCAUUUUCUUUUCUACUAGUACAAUUUUUAUGUGUAAAAACAACCAGUUGAGGUUUAACAUUGUAUAAACAGAUGCCUCAUAUAUUCAUGUAAAUUGUAAUUAUAAUAUUAAUUAUCAGAAGCAUAGUAGCUUUCUGUCCAAAAUGAAAAGUGUAUUGCAGAAAUAAAAUAAAGUUCAGUAUUAGCUGCUGUAUAUUUUCAGCACUAGAGUUACCAGUCAGGUUGCAUGAUGUUGAAACUGCAGGGAGUCAAAGUACCGGUAGUGCUUAGAGCAGACAAAUGCACUCCUGGAUGAAUGUGUGUAUGCUUAUUAACUAGCUGCACACAUUUAAGUUGCAUCUGCCUGUGCAGAUUUCAGUUAGCUUGUGCAUGUAGGGGUGGUGAUGCUCAGUCAGGACGAUGAAGGUCGUGUUUGUGUAUGGUGUGUGAUCAUGUAAUCUCAUUAUUGUAACAUAUUAAUUAUACCCUAAUUAUGAAAAUUGUGUGAUGAGUAGUGAUGAUUGAUCUCAAAAGAACGUUUCAGGAAGUUGGUCACUCUUGUAUAUUAUCUCCUGUAUUCAUUACCAAAAUCUAAUAGUUGCUUUCACCAGCCAGGCAUCUAGAGGGUUAUUAACCUUGCGAAGGCUCUCUGGUGUAAUGUUCUACCUCUGAAUAUUCUGUCCAUGUAAGGAACAAAUUUUAAGAAGCUUUUGCAUCAUGUAGGUAAUCAUUUGGAUUAUCAAUGUAAUGCUAGAAUUAAAUGCAGUUAGUUAAAGGGGAUUCUUGAUCACUUCAUCUUUGAUCUUGACCCUCUGUCUGCAUUGCUUCAGACCUGUUAAGUGUAUUUCCAAAAUGUCAACAAUUUUGUCCAACAAAGUCUUAUGUGGCCUUAUGAUUGAAAAUUAAUUUUGUGUGCCUUUCUUGGCAUUAUUCAAAUGCUGCCAGAACAUACAAUUUAUGUCAGACUUUCCUAAAUGUGUCUUUGUAUGCAAACAAAAACAGUAUUCUAUUUUACUAUAAACUUGUAUAGAAGUUUAAAGAUAAUUUAUCUUCUAGUGUAUGUGUAACAUUCACUGCUCUAUCUCAAAUUCUUUCUUCACAGUUACAAAUAUGAUGCCAGCUGGUAAUGUGUUGGUUGUCAUUGGCUUGGGAAGGUAACAUGAUUUGAAAUGGGCUCCUCUAAUUUGCAUAAAACUACUUAGCUUGAAUAACUUUACUCUGUAAUCAUAUAAAAGUUACUCAAGUAUGAAGAAGAAUAAAUCAAAAAAGUA